GUUGAGAGUCUGCGAGAAGAAAUUGAUAUGAUCCUAGAAGCUAGGGUGCCUGAGUUUGAGGCCCCUUCUGCAGAGCCUGCUGAGGAUACAGUGAUGACUGCCUUAUUCGCCACUUCUGAGAUUCCAUCACCUCCUCCUCGAGAGCAUGCUAAGAGGCGCAAGGGUCGAGAGGAGUAUGAGGCUAGAGCACAGAAGGAGCGUCGUGAGAUGAGGCUGCGAGGAGAGCCUGAUGAGGAGGCGCGUCGGAUCAGGGUUGCAGAGUCAGCUGCUGGGGCAUCUAGCUCCAAAGAUGUGGCGACAGCAGGAGGCACUACUGAUAGUGCUGUUGCUGAUGAGGACACUACUGAGGGUGUUCAUAUUACAUAUGAAGUGGGUUUCGGGGAACCGGACCCACCAGCUUGCUGAUCGCCAGCGCUUUGCGCCCCAGUGACUGCGGAACGUAUGUAGCUGUUUUUGCUAAAUGUUUUAUCGGCGAAUUGAAUGCCCCAUCAAUCCCUUUCAAAAGUGAAUAUCUUCGCUCAAUGUAUGCAAUACCGUUAUGGAAAUAUGGUACCUAUAAGGCCAAGGCGAAAUACGUUAGCAAGAAUGAUGAUCCUACAAGGAUAAAUGGUGUCUUCUUCAUUACAUUGGCAGAUGAUGAACUGAAUAAUGUUGAAUAGUAGUAAAAAUACCUUAAGUGUUCUGGAUUAUUUUUUUCCAGGUUAACAUUAUAUUUCUAAGUAACUCUUACGUCUAAAUUUGAAGAGUUUUUAGGUCGCUUUUAAAA